AUGGCUAACAAUCUGAGUAUCUCUGAUGGGAUUCUUUUGCAAUAUCUUUCAGCUUUCAGAGACGUACCUGUGUUUGGAGACACGGAUCUUGAGCAGCCUUCGUUCAGAUCAAACAGGUAUGUCGUGGAGAUUCAUGUUGAUAUCAGCUCCGGAGAUGCUGAAAUCAGUGUAAAGCUUCCCUUACAUGCUCGGUAUCAGCCUCUUGGAGAGAGAGUGGAGUUUGGAGAGCCAUACUUGUUCCUGUGCUCGAGACAUGUACCUAACCAGGGACAAGACAAAGAAGAUGUUGGGUUUUGUCCACUGCCGGAUCUAAAACCGAAACCAGAUCCGUUGUCUGGGAAAUCCCUGCUAGAAUCAGGAGUCAUACAGACUGCGGUUUUAUCCGCGUUUUCGAUAACUGUUGCGUCUGUCUUGAGCUCCAAGGUUGAAUUUUGUAAGAAAGCAAAGCAGUCAUGA